AUGGCUAUCGCAGAAUUGCUCGUCUCCCCGUGGGCGCCCGCGGGGUUGGUCGCCGCGGUGCUGGCCUACUACAUCAUUCCAUAUUUCGCCACAUUCGGGGACCUUCGAGACAUACCGGCGCCGUUCCCUGCGCAAUUCACCAAUCUCUGGUUGCUCUCCGUAGUGAGGCGAGGCAACAGAUACGAGGUUGUCGAUAAGAUGCACAAGAAGUUCGGCAAGGUCGUCCGCAUCGCCCCCAACCACGUGAGCAUCGCCGAUGUCAGCGCCAUCCACUCCAUCUACGGCCACGGAAAUGGCUUCCUCAAGUCCGAUUUCUACGAUACCUUCGUCUCGAUUCGACGGGGUCUCUUCAACACGCGCAACAGGGCCGAGCAUACCCGCAAGAGGAAGCUCGUCUCCCACACCUUUGCUCCUAAAUCCGUCCUCGAAUUCGAGCCCUAUAUCCACAACAACCUCGAGCUCUUCGUGAAGCAAUGGGAUAGGAUUGCCGCUACGCCUGCCGCUGAUGGUGCCGGCAAGUUGGAUUGCCUGUCAUGGUUCAACUACCUGGCAUUUGAUGUAAUUGCAGAUCUCGCCUUCGGAAAGCCAUUUGGCAUGCUCGCCUCUGGUGCAGACAUCGCCGAAGUCAAGGCGAGCCCGAACAGCCCCGCCAUCUACGCCCCUGCCGUUGAGAUUAUGAACCGCCGCGGAGAAGUUUCGGCCACUCUUGGCUGUCUCCCCCAGUUGAAGCCCUAUGCCAAGUGGCUCCCCGACCCUUUCUUCAGCAAGGGUCUUCAGGCGGUUGAAAAUUUGGCUGGUAUUGCCAUUGCGCGGGUCAGCGAGCGGCUUGAGCGUGGCGCCCCACCGGAUCGGAAGGACCUUCUCGCCCGCCUGAUGCAGGGUCGCGAUGAAAAGGGAGAGCCUCUUGGUCGGGACGAGCUAACCGCCGAGGCCUUGACCCAGCUGAUCGCCGGUAGUGACACGACAUCGAACUCCUCGUGCGCCCUCCUCUACAACGUCGUUAGAACUCCCGGUGUCUUGGAAAGGCUCCAAAAGGAGGUUGACGAAGCCAUUCCCGACGGUGUUGCUGUCCCCACCUAUGAAUCUGUCAAGAACCUUCCUUAUCUUGGCAUGGUCAUCAACGAAACCCUACGAUUCCACUCUCCCUCCGGCAUUGGUCUUCCCCGUGAAAUCCCUCCCAACUCCCGCGGAGUCACCAUCCUCGGACGUCACUACGGACCUGGCACUGUCCUCAGCGUUCCAACCUACACGAUCCACCACGAUCAUGAUAUCUGGGGACCCGACGCCGACGAAUACAGACCCGAGAGGUGGGAGUCGGUCACCGAAGCUCAAAAGGCGGCAUUCAUCCCCUUCAGCUAUGGUCCGCGCGCCUGUGUCGGAAGGAACCUUGCCGAAAUGCAGAUGAGGAUGUUUGCGGCGACGUGGGUUAAGCGCUAUGGCGUCUUCCUCCGACAGCCCGUCAUGGAGACCCGAGAGGGAUUCUUGCGUAAGCCAAUGGGGCUCUCGGUGGGAAUUACGAGGCGCUAA